AUGCCGCUCGAGUUCAUCUAUGUGACUCGUCAUGGGUUCCGUCCUGCUUUCACUGUUGAUCCGGCAUCAGGAACCUAUACGACUGCGAUUCUUUCCCCAACGGGUGUGCCUACAGAUCCUCCCCUGACCUCGUAUGGUGUCGAGCAGGCCAAUGAGCUGGCACAGCGUCUUUUGAAACUUGACCCGCCCAUCGGACGGAUCUACUCUAGUCCCUACUAUCGAUGCUUGCAGACGAUAAACCCGUUCGUGGCAAAGUACAAUGAGACCUCGGAGACAGUGUCAAACUCUAAAGCGCAUCUGGCAGCGAUUCGUGUAGAGAAAGGUAUUGGCGAGUGGUUUGGCCUAGCACCAUGGAAUCACCCAGCAUCUGCACCCCUGAGCAAGCUGCAGGAGCUCUUCCCGGACAUCGAUGCGAACUAUGUCUCUCAAGUUACGCCUCCAAGCCAUGGGGAGUCUCUGUCAGAGCUGCACGACCGGGUCGCCAGCGCUAUGGAUGCGAUCAUCGCUCAGUGCGACAAGGAGGGUAUCAGAGCUAUCGUACUGAGUAGUCACGCAGCUGUGGUUAUUGCCUUGGGCCGAGUAUUGACUGGACGCAUGCCCGAACAUGUGGAGGAGGAAGACUUCGCCGCCUUCACCUGCGGCCUAAGCAUCUACCGACGUCGCAAUAGCCACAGUGGACGUCAGACAGAUACUUCGGAACGGCAACCGAUGGCAGCUCCAGAUCGCUUAGCUGACGAUUCUGCGAUCUCAGGGAUCACGCAGAUGUCAGGGGCGGGAGCUGCUGCCGGAGCAGAUAUGCAAGCUGCAGGCACCAGCGAUCAUCCGUCGGGGUGCAGUCCGGGGCCCAGUUGGAGGGGAGGCUUAGGGGUUCAGGGCGGCUGGGAUUGCGAGUUGGACUCGGAUUGUUCGUUCCUGAAAGGAGGACCAGAGAGAGGCUGGCGAUUUUCCGGGGACGAGUCCUUCAGCGCCGUCGGCCGGCAAAACCUAGCAGGGUCCAACGCUGGCCUCGGCGUUGAUGUCGAGGUACCGAAAUCCGAGCGUAGGGGUAAACACGAUCAACCCAUUGUGGACAGCUCCAAACUCUGA